AUGGAAGGCUUUUCUUCAAAUUGGCUAGAGGAAGUCAAGUUAACUGAAGACGGAGGUGUGGUUAAGAGAAUUUACGCUUAUGGUGACGAGUAAGAUCCAAAACCUGAAGAGGGAUAGACUGUACAUGCAUGCUAUGAAGGUAGACUUGAGAGUGGAAAAGUUUUUGACUCAUCAACUGACCCAGAGAAUGCAUUUAGCUUUGAUAUCGGCACUGGGCAAGUAAUCAAGGGCUGGGACAUUGGAAUGGGGUCAAUGAGAAUUGGAGAAAAAGCAGAGCUGGUUUUAGCACCUGAGUAUGCUUAUGGAGAUAAAGGUGCUGGUGCUGAUAUUCCCCCAAAUUCAACUCUGAUUUUCAAAGUUGAGAUUCACAAGAUUGAUGAUGUUAUCGCAAAGAAAUUUCAAGUUAGUGAUCAAGAGCUCUAUCAAUAAGGAUUCGAAAUGAAAGAUAAGGGUAAUGGCUUCUUUAAGACAAAGGAAUUUCCAUUAGCUUACGAUCUUUAUAUACAAUCAAUGAUGAAUUUAGACAAAAUAAAAGAAGUCACUAAGGAAUCAAAUGAGCUAAAAAAGACUGUCCUCCAGAAUCUUUCAGUGGUUUCAAAUAAUCUUGGCCAAUACAAGAAUACAGUAGAAUUUUGUACAAUUGCCAUUGAUAUUGAUGAAAAGGCAGUCAAAGCUUAUUAUUUAAGAGCCUAAGCAAGAUCUAAGCUAACUGAUUUUGAUGAAGCUUUAACAGAUAUUAAGGAAGCAAUUAAGAUUGAUCCUGCAGCUAAAAACUUAAGGGAUGAAUUCGAAAACAUCAAGUCUUUGAGAUUAAAGCAUCUAUAAAAGUAACAAUAGACCAUGUCUAGUAUGUUCUCUGCUGGUUUAUACAGUGAAAAAGAAGUACCAAAAUCAAAGAAAGUAGAUGGAUUACCAGAUUUUGAUAAGUCAAACUCACAAACAUUCUUUGACCUUCAGAUUGGUGAGGAAGGCACUGAAGAGUUCUAAUCAGGAAGAGUAGUAUUUGAACUAUUCACUAAAUAGACACCCAAGACCGCAGAAAACUUCAGAAGCAUUUGUGCUGGAGAUAAGGAGCUUAGCUAUAAGGAUAACAUCUUCCAUAGAGUUAUUCCAGGAUUUAUGAUGCAAGGCGGAGAUAUUACAAACCAAAAUGGCACUGGUGGCAAGAGCAUUUACGGCCACAAGUUCAACGAUGAACAGGUAUGGAUUCCACAUGUUACCCCUGGUCUUCUCUCAAUGGCUAAUUCUGGACCAAACACCAAUGGUUCUUAAUUCUUUAUAACCUUCAAGGAAACACCGUGGUUAGAUGGAAAGCACACAGUAUUCGGUAGAGUAAUUUCAGGCAUGGAUAUUGUCAAAGAAGUUGAGAAAAUCAAGACUGAAGCAUCAGAUAAGCCAUCUUUAACAGUUAAAAUUGCUAACUGUGGAGAACUCAAUGAUGAUGAGAAAUUAGACUAAUAAGAGGAUUGA